UUCUGCAUUGAUCUUAACUCUUAAGUUUCUCGAAAUUUCUUGGCGAAAAAUCCGAUUUGGUAAAAUGUCGUGUACGCAUGAUCACAACUGCGAAGAUCAUGAGUGUUCUUCCGAUUGGUCUCUCUACAAACACAUUGAUCUCUCCAAGGUUUCUGCUCUGAAUGAAUCUGUUUCCGGAAGUGCAAAAUCAGUCUUCAAAGCAUGGGAAGAGAGAUUACAAUCUUCUGGGGGGCAUUUGGAGAGCAAUGAGGGAGAUCCUGAAUUGCUUGUUUUUGUACCAUUCACAUCAGACGUCAAGAUCAAGAGCAUAUCAAUUGUUGGUGGCCCUGAAGGAACAAGUCCUUCUAAGUUGAGAGUGUUUAUCAAUCGCGAAGGUAUUGACUUCUCAGAUGCUGAGAGUAUGCAAGCUGUUCAGGAAUGGGAGUUAGCUGAAAAUUUGCAAGGAGUCUUAGAAUACCAGACCAGGUAUUCAAAAUUCCAGAGUGUUGGAAACAUUACAUUGCAUUUCCCUGAGAGCUUUGGAGGUGACACAACUCAAAUACGCUAUAUCGGGUUCAAAGGUGAAGCAACCCAGUUGAAAAGGGAUGUUGUUGCGACAAUCGUAUAUGAGAUUAGACCAAAUCCUUCAGAUCACAAGACAAAAGCUGAGACUGGUGGAGGGUUUUCACAAGUUGAGUGAAGGAAGACACUAUCUGCUCCCAACUUCACUCCUUAGCCUUCUCACAUACUCAUGUUUUCUCCUUAACAAGCUUAAACCUAUAUUGACAAACAUAUGUAUGAAAUAAAGUGAGAGACUUGUU